AUGGAAUUGAUGCAGCUGAAGCAAGGUUCCUUGUUAGUGGCAGACUACACAAGCAAGUUUGAGGAGCUUUGUAAGUUUUCUAGGGUAUGUCAGGGUUCCCCGGAAACCUAUGAAAGUUGGAAGUGUAUCAAGUACCAAAGAGGCUUGAAGGACAACAUUAUGACUGCUGUGGCUCCAAUGGAGAUUCGUACUUUUUCUGACUUGGUGAACAAGGCGAGAGUGGUGGAAGAGUAUGCCAAGACGGUAGCUUCGUCCAAGGAAACUCACGAAGGAAGUUUUAAGACAUGGCAAGUUGGUUUAGGUGGUUGCUUCAACUGUGGAUUGCCUGGCCACAUUGCGAGGGAUUUCACUCGUGGGAGGAACCCAAAUGCGGGUCAGAGUCAGCAUCAUGGUCGAGUUUUUGCUGUGAACGCCAAGGAUGCUUGUAAGGCAGAUCCGUUGAUGAGAGGUAUAUGUCUAAUUGGUGAUAAAUCCUUAGUUUCAUUGUAUGAUACUGGAGCUUCACAUUCGUUUAUUUCAUUUGCUAAAGUUGAUGAACUAGGUUUGAAAGUGUCAGAGUUAGCAUUUGAUCUGCAUGUACAUACUUCGCAUCAGACGGUUAUGACUAGGUCAGGUUAUAGGCAAGUAGGAUUUAAACUAGAGGGUAGAGAUUUUGUACAUGAUUUGAUCUAUUUGUCAAUGGUUGGAUUGGAGAUGAUUUUGGGGUUUGAUUGGUUGUCGAAGAAUCGGAUUUUGUUGGAUUACUUUGAACGGACAAUUCAAUUUAUGCCGGAAGGAGAAAAUGGAGCAGUGGUAGCUGAGGGUUAUUACCUGAACUCUGUAAUGGUGCACUGUGGUAGGGAAGGGUGUCAGGGUUACAUCUUGUUAACUGCUAAUGCUUCGGGCGAUGCCCAGAACUUAGAUCAAAUCCCGAUAGUUAGAGAUUUUCUGGAGGUAUUCCCGGAAGAUAUCCCUGAGUUCCCACCUCAAAGGGAGAUUGAAUUUAUGAUUGAAUUGGUGCCAGGAGCUGGACCAGUAUCGAUUGUGCUGUAUAGAAUGGCUCCGAUAGAGCUGACAGACUUAAAGACUCAGUUGGAAGAGCUUUUGAACAAGAGGUUUAUUCGACCGAGUGUAUCACAGUGGGGAGCGCCAGUUUUAUUGGUGAAGAAGAAGGAUGGAGGAAUGCGACUGUGUGUGGAUUACCGACAGUUGAACAAAGUAAUUGUGAAGAACAAGUAUCCGUUACCUAGGAUCGACGACUUGAUGGAUCAAUUGCAAGGAGCCGGAGUGUUUUCCAAGAUUGACUUGAGAUCCAGUUACCAUCAGAUAAGGGUGAAGGAGGAUGAUAUCCCUAAAACUGCGUUUAGGACGCGCUAUAGACACUACGAAUUUGUGGUGAUGUCCUUUGGGUUAACAAGUGCACCUGCUAUUUUCAUGGAUUACAUGAACAGAGUCUUUCGUCCCUUUUUGGACAAAUUCGUGGUGGUUUUCAUAGACGACAUCUUAGUUUACUCUAAGACGGCAAAGGAGCAUAAGGAACACUUGAGGAUUGUAUUGCAAAUCUUAAAGGAGCGAAAGUUGUAUGCUAAGUUGUCAAAGUGUGAGUUCUGGAAGGAGGAAGUAAAGUUUUUAGGUCAUGUGGUGAGCAAAGGAGGAAUAGCCGUAGACCCUUCGAAGGUAGAAGCGGUAAUGGAAUGGGAAAGACCAAUGACGGUGAUGGAAGUUUGA